UUCCUUCGACAAUUCAGUCUAGAUUCUAGCCUAAAACCCUACAAUUCCCAAGGGAACCACUCGGGAUUAACACACUUUAUUAUUCGAAUGUGAUACAUUAGGUAAUUUAAAUCAGUUUAGCUCCAGGAAUCAGCCAAGUUCGAUCUUUCACCCUGCCUAUGACUUCUGUCCCGAACUACUUAAGCUCGCUUAUCUAGGAACACCCUUUCGAGGACGGCGCUAGAGUCGUUUUCCCCCAGGUGGGAUCCAAUGGUCGAGUUGAGGGAAGACGAAAGCGACCCCAGCUAUUGGUGAUCCCACCCUUCGGCCAAUCCCCACAGGGAUGGCGUCCGAGAACCUCUGAACUACCCGCCGCAACCGGCCAGGCAUCGCAGAGGAGCGUGCGGUCGUGGGGAAGGGCUGCUUGGGCGACUUGGGUAUACAUGAGAGAGCGGCCGGGAGGUAAACGGAGCUCCUGUGAAGACGGAGGAGAGGCGGGUAGAAGGUCCCCGCCCCACACACUCCCGCAGUCUUAACCGCUGGGCGCUGCUACCCGCCGUUUCUUCCUUUACGCUCGCCGAGCUUCCUUCUCCCUCCUCGGUAGUCGCUGCGCAAGGCAGGCGCGCCCAGGCCCUGCCCCCUUAGCGUAAGGCAAGGAAGGGCGGGGGCCGGCGGGAGGCUUCACCGCAGCGGCGAGCGGAGAAGCGGCGGCGAGAGCGGCUGCAGCACCGAUGGCUCCUGCGGGCGGUAGCGGCAGCUCAGCGACGGGGAAGAUGGCGCCGUCGCACGUCCUCAAGUGCUGCCAGAGGGUGCUGGCUUGGGUGCCCGUGGUCUUCAUCGCCCUGGUCGUGGCCUGGUCCUAUUACGCCUACGUGGUGGAGCUCUGUGUGUUUACAAUUACCUCAGUUGGAGAAAAAGUUGUCUACCUUGUGAUUUUUCAUCUGUCAUUUGUUAUGUUUGCGUGGUCCUAUUGGAAGACUAUUUUUACAUCUCCUGCCUCCCCUUCCAAUGAGUUUUGUUUAUCAAAAAGUGAUAAGGAGCAAUAUGAAAAAGAAGAGAGACCAGAAUCUCAGCAGGAAAUUCUAAGAAGAGCUGCUAAAGAUCUGCCUGUCUAUACUACAACAACAUCAAGAGCUAUUAGAUACUGCGAUAGAUGCCAGCUGAUCAAACCUGAUCGAUGUCAUCAUUGUUCUGCAUGUGACCUAUGUAUACUGAAAAUGGAUCAUCAUUGUCCUUGGGUGAAUAACUGCGUGGGAUUUUCCAACUACAAGUUUUUUCUCCUCUUUUUAUUUUAUUCCCUCCUGUAUUGUCUAUUCGUUGCUGCUACGGUUCUUCAGUAUUUCAUAAAGUUUUGGACACUUUGCCGCAGGAAAUCUGCUGAGAAUUGUCCAAAGAACGAACUACCAGACACCCGUGCAAAAUUCCAUGUUCUUUUCCUUUUCUUUGUGGCUGCUAUGUUCUUCAUCAGCAUACUGUCAUUGUUUAGUUACCACUGCUGGCUAGUUGGUAAAAACAGAUCAACAAUUGAAGCUUUCCGGGCACCAAUGUUUCGAAAUGGGCCUGACAAAAAUGGCUUCUCUCUUGGAUGUCAAAAAAACCUAAGAGAGGUUUUUGGAGAUGAAAAAAAAUACUGGCUGCUCCCUAUUUUUACAAGCUUAGGAGAUGGUUGCAACUUUCCAACACGCCUGGUGAUUAUGGAUCCUGAGCAGCUCGCUGUCUCAAGCCAAAAUGAAACUGUUAAAAGCUCUUCUACUAGUCAGCCAUUUCCUAUUAGGCCACUCAGUGAAUCUCAAAAUCGAUUGCUCGCCGGUGAUAACCAGUGGGUAGAGGUCAGUUCAGAAGAUGAAGCUGUUAAAUCAGGUGUAAAAAAACAUAUUAUAGUUUCAUUGGAGAGUUGAUCUUAUCUCAGUAUCCAUUUCUUUCAGAGAAGGAGAAAUGAUUUCUACAAUACAUUUGUGCUUGGAUGUUAUUUUUUUAAGGAAGACACCAAUAAAUCAAUGGAACGAUUCCAGCAUGUUAACAAGAUAUGGAGAACGAGCUUGUUGAUGGUAUCCAGUGGAUGCUUAUAAGCACUUCCAGUACAGAAAGUCUGAUGCCUUAAGAUUCGUGAUGUGCAUUUUUGCAACAUGGACAUAAGCUAUUACAAGGGCCAAAUUCUCAAAAUGUCCUGCAAAAGUCUGCAAGACUUAGAAGUGCAGAAACUAUGCAUUCCAGCUGCACUGUGGUAGUGACUGAUUCUGCAAACUUCAUGUGUGAAGCAAUGCCAUGCUGGUGUCAUUACUUUCAUUAACAGUUCUGUGGGGUAGGAAAGGGUAGUAAUGUAGUUUACUAUAGCAUUUCACCAUUAAAAUUCCACAAUAUAUGUUGGCUCAAUCAUCAUCUGGUGGGCUAUUGGUAUUUGGUACUUUUUUGUUCCCCCCCCCCCAUAACCAUCAUGAGUUAACCAGUAGUAAUAGAGGUGUUGUGAAGCAGCCAGUCGAAAACUAUGACUUUCUAACUUUCUCUGAUAAUUGAAGUCCUUUUCUUUCAGACUUGAUUUGUUGCAAUACAGUAUUAAAGAAGCAAGGUUUUCUUCUCAGCUCACUAGCAAUCUGAAGCACUAAUUGAGAAAAUUAUUUUCCUGAGCAAUUUUUGUCAUUAUUUUUAAGAAAUCUAACAUUUUAAUUUCUUGAAAUAUGGAAAAGUGAUGUUCUCCCUCCCCAUUUUAGAAUAUUUAAUAAUUGUGAAUUUUAUCUGUAAGCAUUUUUGCCCGAUAUCCCCAAUAUACAUAUUCUUCCUGAAGUCUGCAGGUUAUUCAGCCGUGAACAGAAAUUAUUCUUUUUCUUUCUGUUCUUGCUUUUUUUUAAUAGAAAAUAAGCCGGUAUGAACGUGUUGUUGUGGAUUGGAUUUCAUAACUCUCUGUACUAGGAACAUUGAGUGAACUAGGGAAGGAACUGGGGAAAGGGGACCUUGUUCACAGCCAUCUGCUUCCAUAGUUCAAAUUCCUCGUCUUUUCUAUCUCUCUCUGAUCCUGGAUCCAGUCCUGUCUUUUAACAAUAAGAUGUAUUGUUGAUGUAUAAUUUCAGUACAACAGUAAAUGCUUAUCUUAAUCUGUUAGAAGGUAGCAAGACAUUGGAUGCUUGACUCUGACAAAAACUCUGCAUGCAUUUCCUUUCCCACAAAUCAUCAAUCCUCCAAGCAAUGUUCUGAUUAUUAUGACCCUUAACAAUGUUGGCAGAUUUAGAUGUUCAGCUCCUGCAAUUCUGGGAGCCGGUGGUAUCCACGUAUUAAAGUUGCUAAGGUUGAGAAAGAUUUUGAAGAGGUCAUAAAUCUCUCUCUCCCCCCCCCCCUCUCUCAAUAUAUACUUUUAAAUCUAUUACCAUCGGUUGUAUAUCAACUGUUCUACAUUUCCUAUUUCAAUCCAUAAAACAAAAUUUAUACAAGUGAUAUAUUUUAAAAAACUGAUUUUGAGUAUUUUAAACAACAGAAACUAGAAUAAAAUGCAAAAUAUAUGCAUAUUUGGCUUUUCCAAAUUAAUUUCUAAAAUGAGAAUAAAAUACAUUGUGCAGUUUUUGUGACUCAGAGCUGCAUCCUAUCUUUACAGCUCAAGUUAGGCUCAAGUUCUCGUUGCCCUCUUGGUCAAAUCAUGUGGUUCAGUGCUAUGAAGUAGUGCUAUCUAGUACAUCUAGAUAUAGAGAGGAGAAAAUAAAAGGAAGUCAGACUGUUAAGAGCACAGUACAAAUUCUGCAAAUCCACUACAAGCUACAGCAAAUACAUUAUCCCUUAAAUUAUUUGGUACAUAGGAAAGAUCAGUUAUUACAAGCUAAUUAUAAUGAUAUGGGAAGGAUCUUGGGAGACAGAGGAAGAGCCACAACUGGGGGAACAGUUGGAUAAACAGCAAUUUAGACCACGGAAGCAGUGUGGAUGUGGCAGUCUCAGAAGGGACCCUCUGUAGUUUCUUGGACCUUAAAAGAUGACAAGGGAUAAAUAUAUUUUGCAAGCCUAAUGUCAUCCUUAUGAGGUUUACAUUUAGCUCAUCUGAGUGUGCUUCCUUCCUGGACUAUCUUGCAAUGCUGACAUCAAUCUUGCAGCUCUAAAACUGUAUGUCUCUGCUGUUGCCUUUUUCCUCCAGGAAACUAGGAAGGAGGGUCCCUUCUGAGAUAUUCACCAUACUCACAUUGCUCCCCUAGGCUAAGCUGGCUUUUGUCCAACCAUUUCCCUGGCUGUGGCUCUUCCCAUCUCCCAAAGUCAUUCCCAUGUACCAUUACACCAAUAACUUGACUACAGCAAAAGUUUUCUUAAAAAAUAAGUAAAAAUUCAAAUGCAUCAGUGAAUAUGGAUAACAGGGUUGUCUUAGUAAAGUACAUAUAGAAAUAUAUAUGUGCUUAUUUGUUUGGCAUUGGAUUUCUAGUAAUAAUUAGGAGUAAAUUUAAAACUAUGCUGACAACAUUAUUGCAAUCAUUAAGCCACUGAAAAAAUUCCCAACGGUGACUAGUGAAACCAACUAUAUGUUGGGUCAGAAACAAGUGUUUAUAAUACUGAACUGUAACUAACAGGUAGAAUAUCUUAUUAAAUUAUACCAAAGAGUAUGAUAUUUCAUGCUGAUUAUAUUGGAAGACGUGUAGAUUUUAUUUAAGUGCUUUAUCAAAGCAUUUUGCUAAUUAACGUGUAAUGGUAUAAUUGGAAACAUUUUAUGUACAUUCAUUUUGGAGAAUUAUAGCUUGCAUAUUGUAAGCAUAGAUUCUUGGUUGCCUUAGGAAGUCCCUUCCCAAUUAUUGUUUAAGUUUAGUUGUACAAACAUAAGACUUGAUUUACUGGCUGCUAUUAUAAAUUAGAUUUUAUGCUGCAGUUUUAAAUAAGACAAGUAUUUUUUAGUAAUUACGAUUUCUUAUUCCAAGGAGUUGUAAUUAAUAGAAAAGGCUUAAAACAGCACUUGAUUAAACAGAUCUUUGGCAUCCUGUGUUGGAGAAAUGUCGUAGCAGUCAUUUUUGUAAUUUUCUAAUAAUGUAGCGACAUGGUCCAAGCAAUGUAAAUGACACAAUUUACAAUAUACAAUUUCAUUUAGAUCAUAGCUACCAAAAAUGUAUCUUAUACACCUGUAUUAUAAAAGCAGGUUUAGUCUUAAAAUCCAAUGUGUAUUUUCCAGAUUAUACUUGAAAAUUGUAAUAGAAUGAGACCGUCCAUGUUUACAAAAUAAAUGACUGAAAAUGACUUUUGGAAGAUGGAAUAGCAAUUAAUGGCUCACACUUUGAUCAUAUGUUGAGAUAGCAUUUUUGUUUCCUGGUACCAAAGAACUGAUAAACUAUUAGACAUCUUAUAUUCUACUGCAAUCCUAAUAACUCCCAGGAUUCUUAAAUUAAUGAAGAAAGCUUCAGAAAGUGGUUUAAGGAUUGUGGUCUUUUACCUUAAUCGUAAAUGUAUUUACCUGGAAGCUCUACUUAUUUUGUGAAUGUAACUACUAUAUGGCUCAAGACUGCACAUUAUAAGGUAUUAUGGACGUGCUAUCCACUAUGUCAUUUUCCCCCAGUAUAAAUUAAUGGCCAUAAGAAUGGCAUUCGUAGUUUGGCUAAAAUUGCCACAACCUGUGCUAUAUACCAGUGGGUACAUCAGAUAUAUUGCACUGUUAUUAUGACAAAGUGUAUGCAGAUAUUUUACUUAUAGAUCUCUCUGUUGUAGUAGUAGGCUUGCAACUAUUCAAAUCUAAAAUGGUAUGAGGAUACUUACAGGAUACAUAAUGUGAAUGAUGCAUCUGUUCUUUAUGUUGCAGAUAGUAUUCCUAUGCACAGAAAAAGCAUAUUGCCACUAAUAAUUUAAUAAAGACUUUUUAAAUGGGCUUUUAUAAAUGAACUAUGUAAGAGAUCACUUUGCCUGAAAUUUUCUUAUUUUUAACUGCACCUUGUAAUAUCUUCACGUAUAUUUUCCACCAGUGUAAUUAAUUUUCAAUCAUGUUUGACUUUUGUAUAUCGAAGUAGAGAUCAUGUCUUAAUUAUAACAUUUUUAAAAAGCAUAAUCUUUAAGCCCUUCUUUGCCAAAUUGAGGAUACAUUAAUGUGUUAUGAUAUAAUGAAUGCAUAAGAAAAUAAAUAACAUGGGAACAGGCUUUCUGCUAUAUUUUGAUUUGUUAUUUAUUUUGUAUUAUCAUAAAUGAGUAGGGACAUAAAAAAGAGGAAAGGCAUUAAACUGCAUUUAGCCUCUAUUGAAAUGGAAAAUGUCUCAGUCGUUUUAUGCACUAUCUGGGGAUUCUUAAAAGCAAAUCUCUUCCGCUUCUUAAUUCAAUUAAGACAACACUCAUUAAUUGAUGAUUAAAAUGUUAAAAUCA